AGAAGAUGAAUGCACACCCUGUGACCGACACACAACAUCUCACAUUCAGGCAGCCCUGAUACUGCACUGCGUCUAGAAAUUUCGAUAGCAGAUACGAGUUCACAUGUAAGCUGUGAGCCCUCAAGCCGCCCUUGUGCUUCCCCGCGAGUUAGUGCCUCGCCUCGCGAACGCGAAGGUUCACGACUUCGUCAUCACUCCCUCCACUAUAUGAACAUCGCAAUGAUGCCACUGAUACUUCCCAUCAUGCGCAUAUACGUACAGAUCCUAUCGUAUCAUUGCGCAUCGCGUUACGACUCUGUUGAGCAUGGCUGAACCAAUACCUGCUGAGGAACAAUCCAACUUCGAGACCUUCCGCGACUGCCUGAGCGAACCCGUCCUCAAGGCUCUAGCUGCACCGAUCGAGAAGCCGAAACCGAAGAAGAAGAGACAUGCGAAGAAGGGGUCAAAGAGUGGGAAGAAUGAGGUCGUCAAACAGGAGGUUGUACCAACGGUGGUAGAGGCCCAAGAAACGGAUGCAGAAGACCUGGGCGAAUUCAUAGAAUACCUAAGCACCCUAAUCUUCCCCUUCCUACCCGCCGAACUGCGCACGCUCACGCAUUCGAUCUUCAAAGACUCACCGUCCCUUCAAGACCUCUACACAACGCCCCUGUCAUCCUCAACCUCCACCGCCCUCCUGCACACCAUCCCACCCACCGCAAUCGACAGCCUAGAAAGCUACGGCCUCCUCCCACCCACCUCCGACACCAUCGACCAACACAACCUCCUCACACCGCUCCUCACAACAUACAUCUCCGCCGUCACCGCCCCGCCCCCAAUCUGGAGCAGCACGCGCGCCACCGCCUGCGAGCUCUGCAGCAGAGACUGGGUGCCGCUGACAUACCACCAUCUCAUCCCUAAAGCAGCGCAUGCGCGCGUGAGGAAGCGGGGGUGGCAUACAGAGGAUAAGCUGAAUAGCGUGGCGUGGUUGUGUAGGGCUUGUCACAGUUUUGUGCAUAGGCUGGCGGGGAAUGAGGAGUUGGCUAAGAACUUUUAUACAGUCGAGUUGAUACAAGAGGGUGGUGUGGAGGAGGAUGUCGACAAAAGGGAGAGUGUUGAGGGGUGGGUUAAGUGGGUUGGGGGUGUUAGGUGGAGGAGUCGGUAGGAUGUGAUACGCUGGAAGUGUGUCGGAUGCGGUGUUCUGAGGUUGGUGCUCGAACACCUUUGAGUGAUUGUGGUAUUGUCCCUGGAUGGAUGCGCGACACUCUUUGGGUUGCGAGUACCACAGGAC